AUGCAACAACAUUCUUCCUUUAAAAUUCAUCUCCUCACGGAAGCAUCAUUAAAAGCAAGUACAGAUAUCCUUUUAUUUGUCCUGGAAAUUAUUUCAGUUCACGGGGAAGCAGAAAAUAUCAAACAAAACCAUCCCGAAACUUAUGAUUUAAAACAAGAUAGUAUCAGGUCAAUGACUACAAAUCACGUAAUAAUUUCUUCUGCUCCAUCCCCCUUUAGAGCUAAGGUAUCGUUGAAAUUCACUUCCAAAUUCAGUCAAAUGUUUUAUAUCUCUGCAGUCUUCGAAGAUAAUAACUGUGAGGGAUGUUUGAAUCUAUCUUGA